AUGAAGUUCCCCUUGUCAACGUGUCCAUUCCAGCCCCUCGAGCUCUCGGAGCGCGAGAAAAGUGCGCUCAAGUCGCUGUCGGAUGACGUCCUGGUUGAAACCAUGAUCGAGUAUGAAAACAUGCUCCUGUACGAAAACGGCGUCGUGGAUACCGAACGGUGGAAGCCGAUGAAGCGGAAGGAGAACCUCACGGCUUACCAGGAUCGCUGUGCCCUAGCAGUCUCGAUCAAAGCUUCGACCAGCAUUACCAAGCCCAUGUCCGUCGAGAGUUCGGACAACCCGGGCUCGCCUUUCCAUUCGGCGUUCAGUGCGUCGUCAACCAAAGGUCUCGCAGAGAGGGUGUUGUGGCACGGCACGAUCAAUUGCGACUUGGAUGACCUCAUGCUCGGAGUGACGAACCAGAGUGCCGACAUGUGGAAGAUCAAGUCAUCCUACAUCGAGGAUAACGGGUUGGACUACUUCCUCCUCUCGUCGAUCACCGAGCGCACGGUUGACAAGCCGUUUGACGGUCUGCAGGUCAAGUGGACCGUCAACGACAUGGGGCCAGUCAUGGCCAAGUCGCUCAUGCGACCUCGCGACUUUGUGUUCCUGGAAAGCACGGGGAUCACGCACUCACCUGCAACAGGUGAGCGAAUGGGGUACUACAUCUGUCAGUCUGUGGAGUUCCCGGGGGCUCGAGAGCUACCGGAACACAAGCUCGUGCGUGGCAAGAUGGAGCUGUACCACAUCUUUCGACUCAAGAGCAAAGGCGUCGUUGAAGUCUACGUGCGUGCACGGUACGACCUGCGAGGGGAUCUGCCGUGCACGAGUGUGUCGCUCUUCUCGGCUGAAGCCAUGUCGGCGCUUUCGCUCACGGCAUCUUUCGCCGAGAGACGGAAGGUCAUGUGGCUGCUCUACAGGCUGGAAGCGGGCGAGAGUGACGAACCGCCUUUUGAUCUAUGCAGUGUCUGCAUGAAGGACUUGAGCAAGAGCUUGCUACCAUUUAUGAACAAGGCGUGCCGGAUCUGCUCCGGUCGGAUCUGUUCGCGAUGUCGGAUCCCGAAAAAGCUGAGCUUCCUCAGUCGACGGACUCGAGGGGUUGUCAAGAAGACUAUCGACAUUUGCACGCGCUGUGUGCACACUUGUGCUCACACGAGUGCAGUGACGGUGGCUCAGGGGGAGCUAUUGCUGGAGAACCCGACGUCGAUCCUGUAUGAAUCCGCGGCGACUCAGAACGUGUCGUAUAUAUCGUUGUUGUCGGAGGGGUAG